AUGUCAAUCUUUAGGAAUAAUGAACUGAAUAUAUCAGGAGAUCUGACGACGAUAGAUGCAAAGCCCGUAUUCCCACUAAAAGCAGAUAUAGUACCCUUCGAUGAUAUCAUCCACUCUCGGACCGCCAUAGCUCGGAGGGCUUGGCGAAAGUAUCGAAGUUCCAGUGACCAAUGUUUGAGGCGAUGGGAAUAUGUUGCUGAGCAGACAUGUUGUGCCACCCGUGAAUCUUCUAAAUUAUAUGGAAAGAUCUUUGAAGCGGGAUACUUAGAAAAGAUUAGUGGAGUCAAUCGCGUUCAAGUCAAGGUUCCAAAGCUUUGGUGCCAUUGUGAAACCCUUGAAUCCCACAGACUGAAUGCACCCAUUAUUAAUGGGGUCAACAAACGAACAAGAUUUGUUGCUCCAAACUCGCAGAAAUCAUCCUAUUCAAAUCGAGCUCUCGGAUAUCGUGUACUUAAGCUAUUGAUAUAUAAAGAAUACUUUGCUAGCGGUGAUCAUGAGACAAGCCCUAUUGCCACCAUAUCUUUUUGCCAUAAUAAUGACCGUUGGCUACAACAAAUCCUUGAGAUCGCGUGCCCCGGCCCCCCACUACAUUUUUGCCACAUCUAG